CUCUGUCCUCCACACUGCUUUGAUUUUGCUCUUGCCUCUCCUUGCGCUCGACUGGGAACAUCGCCUCUCUCCUGGGGCAGCAGCGUGCUGAGGAGCAGGCAGGGGCUUCUUGUGGGGCAUGGAAGAAGCCUCCUUCGCAGCCGGGAAAGGAGCAAGAGGAGCCAGGGAGCAUUGCUGCCUGUGACCCCGGCAUCUGGCCCGCUGCCCCUUUGCCUGGGGAGCCCAUCCACACAGAGACCUCUCCCUUCCCUCCCUCCCAGGUCUUCCUCUGCAGAGCUCGGUGGAGCCAGUGGACCGGGUAGCACCCCCAUGCUUAUUGACCAUAAAAAUUCACGAAGCCACUGGCAUUUGGCUGAGCCUCACAACAGGCAGGCAUAUGCUCUGGGGUGGAAAGAUAGCUGUAACAAGGACUCAGGUAACACCUUGGGACAGUCCCCACAGGAGCCAAAGUGAAAGGGAGCAUGGAGCUGCUGUCCACACCCCACAGCAUCGAGGUCAACAACAUCACCUGUGACUCCUUCCGCAUCUCCUGGGCCAUGGAGAACAGUGACCUGGAGCGGGUCACCCAUUACUUCAUCGACCUCAAUAAGAAGGAGAAUAAGAACUCCAACAAAUUCAAGCACCGGGAUGUCCCCACAAAGCUUGUGGCCAAGGCCGUACCACUGCCCAUGACGGUGAGAGGCCACUGGUUCCUGAGCCCCCGCACAGAGUACAGCGUGGCAGUGCAGACCGCCGUGAAGCAGAGCGACGGGGAGUACCUGGUGUCCGGCUGGAGUGAGACAGUCGAAUUCUGCACCGGAGAUUACGCCAAGGAGCACCUGGCGCAGCUUCAGGAGAAGGCCGAGCAGAUCGCGGGCCGCAUGCUGCGCUUCUCUGUCUUCUACCGCAACCAUCACAAGGAGUACUUCCAGCACGCCAGGACCCACUGCGGGAACAUGCUGCAGCCCUACCUGAAGGACAACAGUGGCAGCCAUGGUUCCCCAACCAGCGGCAUGCUCCAUGGGGUCUUCUUCAGCUGCAACACGGAGUUCAACACAGGCCAGCCCCCACAAGACUCCCCCUACGGCCGCUGGCGCUUCCAGAUCCCUGCCCAGCGCCUUUUCAACCCCAGCACCAACCUCUACUUUGCGGACUUCUACUGUAUGUACACAGCCUACCACUACGCCAUCCUGGUGCUGGCCCCCAAGGGCUCCCUGGGGGACCACUUCUGCCGAGACCGCUUGCCCCUUCUGGACAUUGCCUGCAACAAGUUCCUGACCUGCAGCGUGGAGGAUGGGGAGCUGGUCUUCCGCCAUGCCCAGGACCUCAUCCUGGAAAUCAUCUAUACUGAGCCCGUCGACCUGUCCCUGGGCACCCUGGGGGAGAUCAGUGGCCACCAGCUCAUGAGCUUGUCCACUGCCGACGCCAAGAAAGACCCCAGCUGCAAGACCUGCAACAUCAGCGUGGGCCGCUAGGGACUCCAGGAGAGCUGGGGGCUAGGGAGAAAUGACGGGCGGGUGGUGGUGGGUGACAAAGUUCAGGGAGCUGCCUUCUCUCCCCUGCCCGCCUACCCUCUCCACACUAUCAGUUCCCCCCUCUUCCACCCCUUGGUAUUAGAGGCAACAGAGGGUGGGCCCCUUGGUAGGUGUGGCCCACCCAUGCCUGGUAGACUUGGAAAGGCUCUUAGCUUCAGUAAGGUGGUGGUGGUGGUGGGGGGGGUUGGAUUCUGGAGACUUCCCCUUUCCUCUGGUUUCCCUGUCCUGCUAUUACAUGCUUUAUUCCAGGCCUCCAUCUCAUGGAGGCUUGUGGCCUUCAGGCUCUUUUGGGGAAGCCUCUCUAGGCCAAAGUCCACAUGUAGCUUGCCUGCCUCCAGAGGGCACACAGAGAGCUGUGGGGUGCUCUUCCUUAGCCCCACCCACCCCACUCAGGAUGACCACAGGAUGCCCCUCCCUGGUCAGCUGGACCUGGGGGCUUCCCACUCCAGACCUGGCCUUUCCCUCUAUAAAUAGUCUCCUGCACUGCUGUGACUUCCUGCUCCCCAGCCCCUUCUCCUGCAUGGGGAGAGCUGCCCCCUUCCUUUGUUCUAGAGAUAAUAUAGACCCCAGGGGACCUUUCCUUUGCUCAGAGCACUGGGGCCUAGAAUGGCAGCUACUGGGGUUGAAGAGGGGGAGAGACCCCUGAGACCCAGAGGGACCCCUUUCUAAGCUGGGAGUGGGCUGCCUCUUGUCCUGAGGGGACCUGGUGUGGACCCAGACCUGAGGCUUUUCCACAGAGCCCCGGCACUCACCUGGCUGUGAACUUUGCUAGCUCCCUGCCACGGUGCUGUGACUGCACUGUGCCUGUGUGUGAUCUGGACUGUGGCUUCCCUGCCGCCCACCUGUCCCCCUGCCCCCGCCCACUGGCACGGCUGCACUCCCCUCUAGCCUGUUGUCGGAGAGCCCUUCCCUGGGGAGCUCCUGUUGGAGACUUUCCUGGGCCUAACAGUGUUUUUACUUGUUUCUUACUUUUUUAUGGGUCACCAGGGUGGUGAGAGUAGACCCCCUGAGACACGCAGACCAGGUGGGGUGACAAGGAGAGGUAUUGAUGGAGGAGGAAACUAGCUGUUUGGGGAUGAUGGAGGUGAUGUCAGGUGGAGGAGAGCAGCCUCCACAGUGACAACUGGAUUUCUGUGAUAAAGGACAGAAAGGACUGGCAGGCCAACAAGGCCAUAUCUCAGUAAGGGGCAGGUGAAACAGCUGGUCGCCUCUUCUGUGGCCACGGAGUGGUGUGAUCAGCUGUCUCUGUGGCACAGAUCAGGUCUGGGGGCCCUGGGAGAUGCAUGAAGAAGGAGAGGACCUGGGCCCUCAGGCCUUUCCCCCUCUGCUGGCAGCGUUGCUGCAGGGGUGGCCCGCUGCCCUCCCCUGGCCUCCUGUCUGCCCCGGGCGGGGGCACGCCUGCCUGUGCUGUGCUUGCAAUGUGUACCAAUAAA